AUGGGUGCUGGGUUCUCUGCGGGCGUGCCGGGCAGCGAGCCGGCGGGCAGCGAGGCGGCGGGCGAGGCAGCGGGCAGCGAACGCGUACGGGCGCUGCAGCAGGAGGUGGAGGGCGUCAAAUCCAUCAUGACCCGAAACGUGGAGCGCAUCCUGGCCCGCGGCGAGAACCUCGAGCAGCUCCACAGCAAGAGCCAAGACCUGGAGGCCACGUCGGAGCACUUCAAGACAACGUCGCAGAAGGUGGCCCGCCGGCACUGGUGGAAGAACGUGAAGCUGCUCUUCAUCCUCGGCGUGGUGGGCGCCAUCAUCCUCAUCCUCAUCAUCCUCCUGGCCACCGGCACCAUCCCCACCUGAACCCCAAUACAGAGCUGACCCAGA